AGCUGUGGGGUCUUGGUACUUUAUGAGCUUGGUGGUUUUUUUGCAGAUGUUUCAUGACCCAUCUGGCAUUGAUGAGGUUACCUGAAUGAAACACAAUGAAAUGUCUGCCAGCAAACAGCCCAGCUCAGAGAGCAUAAGGACCCUACAGGGUCUCUGGGUUUUUCCUCUAUGGGGUCUGAAGCCCCCCCUAAAAGGAAGGGGAGGGAGACUUAUGCAACACACCCCCUUCCUGACUCAACCGGCUGGUGGUGGUUAUGCAAUCGGCAACUUCUUCCUUCCAAUCCGCCAGAGCGGUACCCAAGCCCGCCCCCGGUCUCCAUGGUUACCAGCAUCCCCCCCCUUCCUCUUCCCCUCCGUUUUCUUUUAACGGUCUCCUGCCGUUCAGGAAGGUUCAUUCUAUUCUCCACUGGGUUCAGAAGGUGCCCCUGACGGGAGAGGGGCUUGGCAGAGGCAGAGGCGAUGGGCGGCCAUGUUGCUGGCUCUGAAUUCUCUCCCAUGGCAGCUCCCACGAAAUCCCACCCAGCCUGGCACCAGUUGGGUGGAUUGAAGGUGUCACCAUGUUGACCAGCAUCGCUGAUGGGCUUCUCUGCUGCCUGCUGGGCAAGGUGCCCAACGUCGUGGGGCCCCUGGAGCCGGUUGAGUCUAGCAACGGCUACAGCUUUGUUGAGGUGAAGCCCGGGCGGGUCCUGCGGGUGAAGCAUGUUGCCCCCUCCCACCCCCCCAGCACAGAGGAGGAGGAGGAGGAAGAGGAGCCCCAGAAGACGGGUGCCGUGCACUGCAAACGCCGGAUCGCCGUGUACCGCAACGGACAGAUGGUCAUCGAGAACCUGGGCGAGGCAGGGCAGCAGCCCGACGUCCCGCAAGGCCAGAAUGGCACCGAGGCCCAGAGCAUGGUGGAGGCAGAGGUCUCAGAUACGAAUACAGCCACGAUGCCCACAGCCAGCGGGGGCACAGCGCUCAAACGCCGCCGGCAGAAGCCCAAAAGAGUGGUCCACAUUGACUGCACCAAGUACAUCAGCAGCUGUAAGGGGACCCACCGGGACGUGGUGCUGUUCUUCAUCCACGGGGUGGGCGGCUCUUCGGACAUCUGGAAGGAGCAGGUGGACUUCUUCACCCAGCUGGGCUACGAGGUGGUGGUCCCCGACCUGGCCGGGCAUGGGGCCAGCUCUGCCCCCCAGAUCGCGGCCGCCUACACCUUCUAUGCCCUGGCGGAAGACAUGCGCAGCCUGUUCAAGCGAUACGCCAAGAAAAGGAACAUCCUGGUCGGACACUCGUACGGGGUCUCCUUCUGCACCUUCCUGGCCCACGAAUACCCGGAUCUGGUCCACAAGGUGGUCAUGAUCAACGGAGGGGGACCCACCGCCCUGGAGCCCAGCCUCUGCUCCAUCUUCAACAUGCCCCCCUGCCUGCUGCGCUGCCUCUCGCCCUGCCUGGCCUGGAGCUUCCUCAAAGCCGGCUUUGCCCGCCAGGGUGCCCAGGAGAAGCAGCUGCUGAAAGAGGGCAACGCCUUCAACGUCUCUUCCUUCGUCCUGCGAGCCAUGAUGAGCGGGCAGUACUGGCCGGAAGGGGACGAGGUCUACCACGCUGAGCUGACCGUGCCUGCGCUGCUGGUGCACGGCAUGCACGACAAGUUUGUGCCCGUGGAGGAGGACCAGCGCAUGGCGGAGAUCCUGCUGCUGGCCUUCCUGAAGGUGAUAGACGAGGGCAGCCACAUGGUCAUGCUGGAGUGUCCGGAGACGGUCAACACCCUCCUGCACGAGUUCCUGCUCUGGGAGCCCGAGCCCCUCCCCUCCGAAGAGGCCCCCCGAGAGGCGGGGAAGAAGUAGUCAGCAGAUGGGGUCCAUCCUGAGGGUCCAGGGGCCACGCUUUGGUGGCUGCCCCACGGAGAGCCGCUUCCGGCGGACGGCGAGAGUUGCCACGGAUGGGGGAGAGGGCGCUUUGUCUCCCCGCUUGGGGGGCCCGGCGGGGGCCCGAGGCCGGAAGGCGGGGAACCUUCCAAGCAAAUGAUGGCAGCAGACAGAGGAUCGGCCAGCAGUGAACAGCACCCCACCCCUUCGACCACCCCUGCAUUUAAGCCCCCCCGCCCCCGAAAUACCCUCAGGCAGGAAAGAGAGGCAGACGUGCGUGGCUGCUGUGCUUCUUGGAACAGGAUGCUGGGCCUGGGAGUCUCUGCGAAGGGGCACUGGGGCUGCCUUCCUGAUGCCUCCACUGUGCCAGGGGGUGUCCCCUCCAAGCGGGCAUGAAGGUGGAAGGGUGCCCGCGUGGACUGCUGGCCUUUUGACUUUUUCCUGCCCCACCACUGCUGCCCAUGGAAGCGGCUGUGGGAAUUUGCGGGGUGAAUUCUCCCACGCUGCUGGUGGUGGACGUGGGGUUGAGACCCCCCAGCAGCCCAGCCUGGGGGCAAACGAAGGGGCAGGUGGCCCCACCCCGUCAAAACCUUCACCAGCCUCUGCCCCCUCCCCCCCAGAACUGGGGGCUGCAAUCCAGCGAAUGCUGGGACUGAAUGUGGUUGGAGCACGCCAGAGGGGGCAAGAGGCUGUUGACCCCUCCCCAAGUUGCUUCUUUCCAACUUAGGAGAUGCUGGAGUUCAGCCCAAGAUGGGGGUCCAAGACUCUGCCCCCCCCCCUGUCCUCCCUGAUACACACACACUUGUGUCUCCACCACAGUUUGUAAAUAAACUUUGCAAAGUUGUAUCUACACCCCCCCUCCAAAAAAAAAGGUAUUGCAGGGUAAACUGUGCCAGCUCUCCACUCCAGCUCUGGGGGGGGGGGCUGGCAGCUGGGCACCAGCAAGACAGGAUGGCAGCGUUUGGCAGCUCCUUUUCCUAUCUCUGCUUCCGAGCCUUUUUCAGCCUGGGAAGGGAGGGAGAAAAAGCUGGGAAUUUUACAAAUUUCGAUUACACGACUCUGUGUAAACCGCAACGGCCGCGUGAAAAGUGGUCACGCAUUCUGUAUUCGUACGUUCAGUGUUCUGUUCUCUCCUAGAAGUCACUCUUCUCGUUGUACCUUAAAACGGUCACUAACCAAACCGUUGUAAGUCAAGGACCACCUAUAAAAGUCCCGAUUCAAACCCACACCCUAUGUGGGAGGGGCUGGGGGUCUCAGUGGGGAAAUCCUGAGAAUCUUCCUGAAAAGACCCCCGUUUAAUUUGGGGACCUCCACGGAGCUGCUGGGGGCCGGUCCGAUCCGGGAGGAGGGUUCCCACCCAACAUCAGGGCCUCUUUGGAGCUGAGCUACCCCCAGGUCCGGCUGAAGAUGGGCACCACGACCCACACCCCCAGUUCCCCCCCCCUCCUGCCUGGCUGUACAGCCUCCCCCAAGAGUCCUUCAGCCACCCCACCUUGGCAGCAUUUGCCCUCAGGCUGGGCUCCUUUCAUGUUAUGCCAAGGAUCAGAUCUUUUAGAUGGAUUUAUGAGAUGGGAGCCUGGCCGUUUAGGCGGGCAUCGGGCAUCAGACCACCCCAAAAAUGGAGGCCUCCAGAUGAGGGUCAGCUGAGGGGGGUGCCGGUAAGGGAGCCCACCUUAUUUUUACCCCCUAAACUGAAAAGACAAUUUAGAGUGCAAAGGAGCAUCCGUGACACCUCUGUGCCAGCCAGUCUGCUUUUGCCCGUUAGCCUCCGGCAGGGCUGAGCUGUUCCCCUGGCACCAAUUGCCUCUUCCCCCCCCCCAAAAAAAGGAUGGGAAAGGCACCCACUUUCUUUUUUUUUCCCCAAUUCUAUUCAAAAGAUUAAAAUACCAAAUCCCAAAAGAAAAAAAAAU